UAUUCAGUCACAGAAAUUUCAAUUGGCUUAUUCUUGAAAAGUUAAAUAGAAUUUUGUCGGAUAACAUAAACAGGAAUCUCUUCAAUUAGAAAUAUUAGAACGUUAAGUCAUUAUUAUAUACUAGAUAGGCUGUUGUUACUACGCGUUUUACAAACCCCUCUUUAGCAUCUUUCCUAUCAUCCUGUCCUGAUAAUUUUCACUAUAGUCAUCCAAAUGAUAAUGUUUUAUGAAUAAAAUCUUAUUUCAGUCCUUCAAAAUUACCUAGAUACAGUAAAUAUUUAACAGAACUAUACCUCUUAACAAGAUUAAUAUUAGUUAAAUUAAAUUGAAGCUUAUUUUCCAAUGUCAUUUAAACCCAAUUUCAAAUCUAAUUAUGGUAAUGCUAAUCACAAUUUGGAAACGCAAACGAAAAUUAUUAAUUUUUUCAAUACAUACAAACAGUUAUUAGAUGGAUAUACUCGACAUAUCAUGAACAAAUUGCAUCAUACUACAUCCUUCGUCAGUAGUAAUACUAGUUGUGGUAGCAACAUUGGUAAUAAUACCGUUGAAUUUAUGAAUUAUGAUUCACUUCAAGAUCAUCAAAAUAUAACAAAUGUGGAACCAAAUACUGUAUGUUCUUUUAAAUCACCAAUAAUCAGUUCCUAUAAAAACUUAAAUUCGAAAUCAUAUUCAUCAACAACUAAUCCCAUGAACUCCACUUCUAAAUAUCCUUGUUUUAAUGACUUUUGUUGGACAGCAAAUAAUUCACAGUAUAAAUCAAAUGAUUUUAUUAAAACUUACUUCCAAACAUUAUCAUCUUUUCCUUUAUCCAAUUGUGAUUCCUUUAAAACACAACAUGAUCCAUCUAUUAAUUCACGAUCAAAGUUAUCGAUUUCAAGAAUGAAUGAAGAUUUUUUUAAAAACGUUCAACCAUCAACAACAUUAUCAUUAUUUUCUUCAUCAUCUUUUACAUCUUUAUCGAAUAAGUUAUCCAUGUCCCCAUUGACAACGUUGACAAAUACAACAGCAACAUCAUCAAAUUCAUCGUCACCAUCACUAUCAGUAGAUUCAAUAGAUAUAAAAACAAAUAUUCCUAAACAUUUAACCGUACAAAAAAUCUUAAAACGUUUAGCGAAAUUACCAAAUAAUUUAGGACCAUAUAUUUGUCGACUUUGUAAUCAAUAUUUCGAAAAUGCACUCAAGUUAGCUAAUCAUCGUUGUCCAUUAAUACUUCAUACUGAUUAUCGUUGUCCUGAAUGUGAUAAGGUAUUCAGUUGUCCAGCUAAUCUUGCAAGUCAUAGACGUUGGCAUAAACCGAAACCUGAAAACCAUUGCAACCAAGUAGCUAUAGGAAGUCACUCCUCAUUUUCAACAUCAAAUAAUUGUAGAUAUUUUACAGAGAGAAAAUACUAUCAUAAUUCUAAAAAACUGACUACCAAUGCAAAAUUAUUAAACAAUAGUAUACAUUUAAACAAUUUAUCUAAGAAUGAAUUGAACUCAAUGGUAUUUCAUCAAAAGCAAGGGAACCGAUGUAAUCAGUUUGUAAUUAAUUCUAACUGCAUAAGAAAACCAACUUUUACUGUUCAAGCAAUACUUGAAGAUUCUUUUAAUAAUAAUUAUCAAACUCAAAAUAAGAUAACAAGGAAUAAUAAUAAUUUAACAUUGAACUUUGAUGAAACUAUCAUCAAUGUUGAAUCACCAAAUUCAACAGACUGUACUGAAUCAAAUAAGAUAAAUUUAAAUCUCUCAACAACAUAUAACUCAUCAACUAACUACAGUAAUGACAAUAUUCAUACUACAAAUAACAUGUGUAAUAUUAAACAUGAGUUAAUUAGUCAACAAAUUUCAUUACAAUGCAAUUACUGUAAUACUCCGCUAUCAAGUCGUAGCGAAUUAGAAACUCAUAUGGUUGAACAUAUUUUCAGUAGAAUAAAGUCAAAAAUAGAAGAGAUUCAUUAA